AUGGUAAAGGAAGAACUAUCCCGCUUUCUGCAGAGAGUUAACGCUAAUCUUUUGAUUAAUGUCCUUGCUACUGAUCGACAUAUUCAAGUUGGGUGCAUGAUGAGAAAGAAGUUUCCUCAAAUUAUUCACCAAUUUGAUGUCUGGCAUGUCUCUAAAGCCAUAAUCAAGAAACUAACAGAGAAGACUACGGAUUGUGCAGUUUUGUGGCAUUGGAUUGGCUCAAUCAAAAAGCAUUUUUGGUGGAGUGUGGCUUCAUGUGAUGGAAAUCUAGAAUUACUGAAAGAGAAAUGGAGAUCAGUCUUGCAACAUUGUGUGAAUGUUCACCAUUUCGAAUGUAACAAUCAGUUCCAUGCUUGUGCCCAUCAACCACUCACUGAAAUGGAACAAAAGAAGAAGAAAUGGUCGAAACCUUCAUCCCCAGCCUAUCAUGCAAUUCAGGAUAUUAUCUUUGACAAUUCCAUUACAAAAUCAUUGGAAAAGCUGACUUUGUUUUGCCACACUGGUGAUUUAGAGGUAUACCAUUCAAUGAUGUUAAAGUAUUGUCCCAAACGUCAACAUUUUUCAUAUGAUGGAAUGGUGGCCAGGACUCAGCUAGCUGCCUUAGACCACAACUAUAACACAGGUAGAAAACAAGCCACAUCUUCAAGAGGUCCAACAGAGGGUGCAUUAAAGUUCAACCAAGUAUUUCCAAAGAGAUGCAAGACCUGGGUUGCUCAACCAAUCCCCGACAAAAACAAAUCAUUCGUACAGGAAAACUUUAAUGUCCCGAACUGUAGAAGUGAGGUCAAAAGAUAUCAAAUUGUCAGAAACAACAAAACCAAACUUGCCCAGGAAUAUUGCGAACAUGGAUAA